GAAAAGACAGAAGUGGCCCAGAAGCGCGACGUGGACGGAAUGGGAACCCCGGAGAUUAAGUACGGGGAGUCCAUGUGCUUCAUGCAGCAUGUGUCCACCGGGCUGUGGCUCACUUACGCCUCAGUAGAUGCCAAGUCAGCCCGCCUGGGGCCGCUUAAACGGAAGGCCAUCCUGCACCAGGAAGGGCACAUGGACGACGCCCUGACUGUGGCCCGAUCUCAGACCGAAGAGUCUCAAGCUGCACGCAUUAUCUACAGCACAACAGGCCUUUUCACACAGUUCAUCAAGGGCUUGGACUCCUUGAGUGGGAAGAACAAGACCCCAACUCAACUAUCCCUUCCCAUGGAUCCAGUGGUUCUCUCCCUGCAGGAUCUCAUAUUCUAUUUCCGGCCUCCUGAGGAGGAGCUAGAACAUGAGGAGAAGCAGACCAAGCUGCGCUCCCUUAAAAACAGGCAGAACCUCUUUCAAGAGGAGGGCAUGAUCACACUAGUGCUGAACUGUAUUGAUCGCCUCAACGUCUACAAUACAGCUGCCCAUUUCUCAGAAUUUGCUGGGGAAGAGGCAUCUGAAUCCUGGAAGGAGAUUGUCAACUUGCUGUAUGAGCUGCUGGCUUCUCUGAUCCGAGGAAACCGAACCAACUGUGCACUGUUUUGUGAUAAUCUGGACUGGCUUGUUAGCAAAUUGGACCGCCUGGAAGCCUCCUCAGGUAUUCUGGAGGUUUUAUACUGUGUUUUGAUUGAAAGCCCUGAGGUCCUCAAUAUAAUCCAGGAAAAUCACAUCAAAUCGAUCAUUUCUCUACUGGACAAACAUGGACGUAAUCACAAGGUUCUUGAUGUGCUCUGUUCUUUAUGUGUGUGUAAUGGAGUGGCUGUGAGAUCCAAUCAGAACCUCAUCACAGAGAACUUGCUUCCUGGACGUGACCUUCUUCUGCAGACUAAUAUUAUCAACUAUGUCACAAGCAUGAGGCCCAACAUCUUCUUGGGCACAUGUGAGGGAUCCACGCAAUAUAAGAAAUGGUAUUUCGAGCUGAUAGUGGACCAUGUAGAGCCCUUCUUGACGGCACAAGCCGGCCACCUUCGCGUGGGCUGGGCUCUGACGGAAGGAUACAGCCCGUACCCUGGGGGCGGUGAAGGCUGGGGAGGCAAUGGUGUCGGAGAUGACCUCUAUUCAUACGGCUUUGAUGGGCUACACCUGUGGUCAG